AUGCUUGGUAUCGUGGUAUUCGCAACCACGGUUUGGUGGUACCGUUUCGAUUACGCGAAAGCGCUGGGCGGCGCGCGAGCGGAUGUGGCGGCGAGCGUCUGCGGGCCGCGCGCGCCGCGCACUGCCCUCCGCUGCCCGCUGCUCCCGCCCGCCCCUUACACCGAAACUGCUAGGGCGGAUACAAGCUAUCGGCACGUUAUCGAUACAAAUGAUAAUGAAGUUUUUUUUAUUGAUAGCAGCGCAGAUCUUCCUAAUAACUAUAAUAAUCGAUCAACGCCGCCCGCCCUAGCGGUAGCGGCGCCCGCUAAAACGGCGCAACUUACGAGCCGCCCGCCCGCCUGCCCCGGUACUAACACAUUCGGCUUGCAAUUACAAUUCACUUAA